AUGAACCGGACAGACUCAACAACACAAGAUUCGAGACCAAGUUCUAGUCUAAACAAUUUUAUACCGUCAUCUUUUCACCUGAACACCUUCACAAGCACAGUGUCAAGUACCGCUUCUAUUCUAUUUAACCCUUUAGCUACCCGAGCUGUCGUAAAAGGUGACACUGUCGCAAUCAUUUCUGAACUCGCACCCCAAAUCUUGGACAAAAGACGGCUACAAACCCAUGUAAAUGGACUUAAUUCAAGUGAAGGCUCUAACCAACUUUCUUCGACAGCAACAGAUCAAAUCAUGAGAAUAGCUAAAACAGUAAAUAUGGACAAAGUAUUAUUGGAGUCCGAGAUUCCCGAGUCAACAGCACCAUUAUCGUUAUUUCAAGGAUUUAAAGUCACAUAUCCGGAAUAUUCUACUGGUUCGAUAAAGGAAAGCAGUACCAAAAAGAAAUCAAAACAGCUUCAAAAACGAAAAACACGAGGACAAUUAAACGAAGAUCUUUCAGUUGACGAGUUUUCAGACACCGCCUCCAUCGAUAAUGAUUUCAAACCUCUAAAUCAAUUAAUUAUUGACCGUGAUCGAGUUGUUCGUGCAAGAGAUAAACUGAAUUCUCAAGAGGCUCGGGCAUUAGCAGAAAUUAAUAGAAUUGAAUCACAGAUUGUUGAAUUGGAACGACAAAGAAGAGAAUUAGAAAAUAGCCUUAUAAGAUUCAAAAAUAGAAAAGAAGAUCUUGCUGAAAAACUGGAGGACUUGAAUGAAAGAAUUAUGAAUUAUGAUCGAGAAGAAGAUUGUCAAACUGCUGAGAAACAAAGUCACGGUUCAAAACGUAAGUCUACGACUUUAGAAGGUCAUUACAAUGUUAUAUCCUGUCUAGAUCUUGACAAACCUGGCAGUAAAUUGGUCACUUCAUCGAUGGAUAAUACUCUGCGCGUAUGGAAUUUGACGACUGGCAAAUGUUUGGGAAUAUUGGAUGGACACGAGGGGCUCGUCAAUUGCUUGCAAAUAAAUGGAAAUCAACUUUUUACCGGAUCAAGCGACAGAACUAUUCGGCAAUGGAAUCUCGACAAGCUUUCCCAUCAAACCUCGUCUACUCCAAGCUCUCUUUCUUCACCUUCAUUGCGUGGUAAUGGAUUAGAACGUGAUAGUAGUUACGAAGUGAUUAGUCACGAAGCGUUUAAUCAUGAAGAAAAUAAUGAGCAUGAAAACAAACUUGAAAACAUCGGUGAAGAUGCUUGGAUUGCUACCUUGGAAGGGCAUACUGGCGAAGUUACAUGUCUUUAUUACGAAGAUCAAUAUCUGCUUUCAGGUUCUUCUGAUAGAACCAUGAAACAAUGGGACAUUGAAACUAGUCAAUGUAUUCUGACAUUGGACAUUUUGUGGGCUAUUUCAAGUACCAAAGUGUCCAGCACACUUGGAGAUAAUUCUAUAUUGGAUGAAGGAGAUUUUAUAGGGGCCUUGCAAUUCUGGAACUAUGCGUUAGCCAGUGGUACCAGAGAUGGAGCAAUUCGAAUGUGGGAUUUAAGAACCGGACAAGUUCACAGAACUUUAAUUGGUCAUGCAGGACCUAUCACAUGUCUCCAGUUCAACGAAAUUCAGGUUGUAAGCGGUAGUUUGGACAGAAGUAUAAUGAUUUGGGAUUUAAGAACGGGAGCCGUAUUCGAUACACUCACUUAUGAUUACGCAGUCACAGACUUGCAAUUUGAUACAAACAAAAUCGUGUGUGCAGCUGGUGAAAAUGACGUUUUGAUCUACAAUCGCAAUUCGCUACAAUACUCUCAUUUCAAAGGUCACAAUGAACCUGUGGAAUGUAUACGAUUCAAGGACAAUUUGCUGGUGUCAGGGGGACAUGAUUCUGUAGUGAAACUAUGGAGUCUUUAA